GGUUAUCCUUUUGUUUCCGCCUUCCCAAGAGCUGCAACGCCGCCGGCGAUCAGCAAACGGCAAUGUGGGCAACCCCCCGCCAUGGUCUCAUUGGGUUGCCCAAAGCGCAGCCUCCAAGUAGGCAUGUGUUACCGUAGUGAGUAGGUAGGUAGGUAGGUGAGUAUGAUAAAGUAUGAAAGUGCUCCAUAUACGGUACACUACUCGUACAACAACUGUUUGUUGCAGGCUGACGGGCACAGCAUUUCUCAGAGUUCGUUCUGGACAGGGGUUCGCGUCCAUCCAAGCCAAGCCAAGCCCAUCAAGCUUUUGCCAUGGAAAAAACCGGUCUGUACCUACUGAGUAUUGUCUUGGCACUUACACUCACUGUAUUACCUUAGUACAGCGCACUCCGUACUCGGUAGACAACGAUGACGGGCCAGUCUGGACCCAAUGCAUGCAUGUACACACGUCCACACGUCCACGAAUUGCAUGCUGCCACUCGUUCCACCCAUCCACCGUCGUCAUUGUCAUCAUCGCCUUCAUCAUGCUAUCAUGCAUUAGCCAACUACCAGUAGCAGAUCCCCCAACCCAGCAAAUGCGGUAUAUGAUAUCACAGCCCGCCAAUCUCACUGCAGGGGGUAGGCUCUCCCUUCUUCGGGGGUUGCGUCCUCCUUAAUUCACCCGCCUUCCAUUACAUUGUCCUCAGUCUCGCCAACUAGUGUACAUACCUAGUUUGACUACCUAGCCUAGCGUAAAACAACAUUACCUCACCCAACCCUGCCCUCGAAAGAGUCCGGGUGGAUCCGCGACCCGGAAACUAUUAAAC